AUGAAUCGUGACAACGUUAUAAAUGCAUUGCAAGCCACCACUGUUGGGGACAACCAGAAAGUAGAGUCGUACCUUGAGGAGCGAACUGGCUCGCAAGCGGUCGGAGCCGAAUUAGCGAGUCUCCGUACAAAUACCUCUCCGAGUGAUGGUGCCGACCGGCGCAGCUUCUGCGUACUCACCAACGAAGAUGUACACUCCAAGGCCGAAGUUAACACGAUGGAUGCAACACAUAGUGGUCAUAUUACUACGUUGAUGGAGAGAUGGCGCAGUGCUGCUCGUAAAGCUCGCAAAGUCACUACUGAUCCAUGGUCGCAAUUUUUUAUGUACGAGGUCCCCACUACACGAGCUAAACGUUAUAGAUAUUCAUCAAUUAGAAAGACCUGGACUGAAGAUAUAGUUGAAGUGCGUUUACAUCAAGAACCUUUUGCUCGCGGUGCUAUGAGGGAAUGUUUUCGUUUAAAGAAACUUCCAUCUAACAGCCACUGUUGUGACUGGAAACGUGCUCAUAACUAUGUAGCUAAGAGAUAUAUCCAAGAAGUGGAUCGUUCUGUUCUUUUUGAAGACGUCAAGUUGCAGAUGGAUGCGAAACUGUGGGCUGAAGAAUUUAAUCGUUACGACCCACCAAAAAAGAUAGACAUAGUCCAGAUUUGUGUUCUUGAAAUGAUAGAUAUGCCAUCAGAACCGUUAUUCCAUCUUGAACAUUUCAUUGAAGGUGACUACAUCAAAUACAACUCCAAUUCUGGUUUCGUUUCUGACGUUGCGCGUAAGACACCGCAAGCAUUCUCUCAUUUUACCUUUGAAAGAUCCGGACAUCAGAUGAUCGUUGUGGAUAUCCAGGGCGUUGGUGAUCUUUACACAGAUCCACAAAUACACACUGUUGUUGGUACGGAUUACGGUGAUGGUAAUUUGGGCACUCGUGGAAUGGCUUUAUUUUUCCACUCUCAUCUAUGCAACGAUAUUUGCCACUCUUUAUGUUUGACAGAGUUUGAUUUAUCAAACACGGAGCGUGCUAAGAUAAAACAAGAGAUAUCUCCCAUCAGCGUGAGCCAGUCGACUGUAUUUUCUCGGCAUGUUAGUGCUUGUUCGGCUAUCGUUCCUGAAUUAAUUCAAGAAGACGCAAUGGAAUCUCUUCGCCAACGAUCAUUAUCCAUACUGAGCCACGCUUCUUCUGUGAGCGGAACCCGACAUGAAUUAAAAGUUUCUGAUAAUUUGAAAUUGCAUGAUAACGACUGUCUCUGCGAAAAUUGCCUCGAUGAAAUCAUUGCCGAUCUUGCAAGUUGCACUUUCAGCGAAAUUACAGACGACUCGGAAUACGAAGACGAAGAGGAUCUCCAUUUCCCUGCAAGAAAGGUUGGCUUUCACAGGACUGACAUCGAACAUCGUGACCGUGCGGAUAGUUUGGCCAGUUCUGUUGGAUCGAGCUCGUUAGGAAGCUCUUCUAGAAUAACUCGGGAUACGGAAAGGGAAGAGUACUGGUCACGGAGGAAGUCUAUACCUGCUGGAAUACUUUCAGCUAUGGAAAUGGAACAGUUGAGAGCUGAAUCGUCGCGAAUUCCCCAUCAGUCUUCAAUAUUGGGUCAAAUUCAUCUUGACAUGGCACGAUAUCACGAAUUAGGCAAGUUUGUGGCAGAAGAGGAUAACGAACGUGAAUGUGCUGUUGAGCUAGGCGGGUCUGGAAUAAAUAUCAGUUCACUGAUUUCUUCCGUGAAGUACGACAAGGAUUCUGCAUUAUUCCAUCUCGAUAUCGCAAGACGCUGUGGUAUACUAGAGGCGAUAAUCACUGUGGCCCAGAUGGCCUUCAGAAUGCCACAUGACCUGUUAAAAGAUGUUGAUGACGAAUAUAUUUGGAUGGGCGUAAGAGGAAACGAAGAGGAUUUCGAUAGAGAAGAGUUUGCUUUUGAAUUAAUGGAAACUGCUGCAGAAAUGGGAGAUCGCAGCGCUAUGUUGUUCGUAGCCGAGUCUUUUGAAACUGGUCGUAGGAUGGGACCUAACGCGCAACCAAGUUAUCCAGAUGCUAUAAAGUGGUAUGAAAAAGCUGUCGGAUUCACCGAUGAUUCAAUUGGUGAAGGCGUUGUUCUGCCACGCUACGAAGUACUCGCGAAGAUGGCUGAGUUGUAUCGAGAGGGAGGAUGUGGUCUUACGCGUAAUUUCGAACUCGCGUAUAAUUUGUACACAGAAGCGGCUGAAGUCGCUAUCGAGGCUAUGAAAGGAAAACUAGCUAAUAAGUACUUUGAGCAGGCGGAAAUGUGUUCCCGUUAA